AGACAGAGACAGACAGGUACAGAGAGAAACAGAGAAAUAGAGAGAGACAGAGACAGAAACCAAGAGAGACAGAAAUUAACUCAGUCCUGCCCUGUCUCCAGUGUCUGGGGCUCAGGCCUCUCUGUCUCCAGCAGCCAUGGCAAACACACAAGGUCGAGACAUCUUUCCACCCAGCUGCUCCAUCAUCUUCCUCCUCCUGCAGCUUCUGUCCUACAGCCUCUCUGCAAAGGGGAAAGCCGAUUUCUCUGUCUCUGGUCCCGGCCAACCGGUCCUGGCUAUGGUGGGGGAAAGUGUGCAGCUGCAAUGCCAUCUGUCCCUCAAUAUCAGUGCGGAGGACAUGGAGGUGAGGUGGUACAGGAAGGAGCCGUCCCCAGCCGUGCACCUGCGCAAGAAAGGCAGGGACAUGCCUGAGGAGCAGAUGUGGCAGUAUAAGGGCAGGACGACCUUCUGGACGGCUGGCCUGGCCCACGACCAAGCUGUGCUGACCAUACACAACGUCACCGUGUUCGAUAAUGGGACCUUCCACUGCAAGUUUAAAGAGAGCAUAGGGUCUGCAGAGGCCACCCUGUGGCUGAGAGUGGCAGGGCUGGGCUCUGAGCCCAGAAUCCAAGUGCGAGCUGGCCGGGAUGAAGGUAUCAGGGCAGAGUGCACCUCGGAGGGCUGGUACCCAGAGCCCCAGGUGGAGUGGAGAGACUUCAGGGGACAGACCCUACCUUCCACGACCAACCUCACAGUGUCGCCCACAACGGGCCUCUUUGCGGUGGUGUCCAAUGUGAUUGUCUGGGACAGGGACGUGGGGAACCUCUCUUGCUCUAUCUCCAACCCCCUACUCCAGGAGAGGAUGGAGACCAAGAGCCACCUACCUGGUCAGGUGCCCAAAAGUUUCCCAUCAAUGGCGUGGAGGGCAGUGGUGCCUGUGAUCCUCAUUGUGGUGGGGCUUGUAGCAUGUCUUGUGGCAGGAGCCACCUGUCUUUUCUGGAAACAUCAGAGGGACAGGAAUAGGGUGCAGCUGGAAGAAGAGAGACUGAACAGAGAAGAGGAACAGCUGUCCCAAGGCUGGCCAGAGGACAUCAUCUAUGUGAGCCCAUCCCUGGACCCUGACACUGCAAGCCCCAAGCUCGCUCUCUCUGAGGACAGGAAGACUGUGAGGCAGCUGUUCUUUGAACAAGAGCUGCCCGAACCCAGCAGAUUCAACCGGGACCCCUGUGUGCUGGGUCGGGAGCAGUUCUCAGCUGGGAGGUAUUACUGGGAGGUCCAGGUGGGGCACAGGAAGACCCGGAACCUGGGCAUGUGUCUGGAGAGCUUGGGUUGGACGGGAAGGAUCCUCAAGGCCCCCCAGCACGGACUCUGGGCCCUGGAGCUGUACAAGAAGGGGUUCUGGGCACUUGCCUUCCCAAGAGUUCGCCUGCACCCUUCGGAGCCCCUGCAUCGUGUGGGCGUUUUCCUGGACUGUGAUGCAGGCAGAAUCUCCUUCUACAGCAUGGGCAAUGGAUCCCUCAUCUACGCGUUCUCUGGACUGUCCUUCUCGGCACCCCUGAGGCCAUUCUUCUGCCUAUGGACACACGACCCCAGCCCCCUGACCAUCUGUUCAGAAUGGCAGUCCCCAGAGGCCUUGGGGCCUCCUCAGGGUGAGGGACAGGACAGGGUGGGAACCCUCCUCCAGCAAGACCCAUGA